CGCAUAAUACACCCGGGGUAUUUAUUGUAUAAAAAUUGCAAACAGGCUGCACAAGCAGGAGGCUAAUAUUCCGGUGGGCUCGCAUCACUCAGGCGACCUAAAGCCCCAACCUUUCACUCUCCAUUUCCUUGAUUCUGUUCCCCCAAUUUUCAGAUCUUAUCCUUCUUCAGCGCCGAUUAUUCAUCUUAAUCCUCGAUACUUUACCAAUAUUCCGGUGGUCUCGAAGUAACAUAGUCGUAUAUACCAGUCAAUUAUUUGGUGAGCAAUGCCUUGCACAAGCUCUUAGAGUUGCGCGAAAAAAUGCUUCAAGAUUUUAGUCCGAUUUUCCUGCUCAUGUUCAUUUUUAUGCUGUCUGGGAGUGAAAAGCAUACAAGCAUGGCAUUAUAAGAAAGGACUAAUGGAGGUGCUGGAGAAAAAAUACCCCGUUGAUGCAAAGGACUACAAGUUGUAUGAGGAAGUUGGGGAAGGUGUGAGUGCUACUGUGUACAGGGCUCUGUGUAUUCCAUUAAAUGAGGUAGUUGCAAUCAAAGUUCUUGAUCUUGAGAGGUGCAAUAAUGAUCUGGAUGGAAUUCGUCGUGAGGUGCAUACAAUGAGUUUGAUUGAUCAUUCACAUGUGUUGCGUGCUCUUUGCUCUUUUACUGCAGGCCACAGCCUUUGGGUUGUGAUGCCUUAUAUGGCUGGAGGAUCGUGUCUUCACAUCAUGAAGUCCACCUAUCCAGAAGGCUUUGAGGAGCCUAUUAUUGCUACAUUACUUCGUGAAACUCUUAAAGCACUUGUUUAUCUUCAUGCUCAUGGCCAUAUCCAUAGAGAUGUGAAGGCUGGAAAUAUUUUACUUGACUCCAAUGGCACAGUGAAGCUGGCAGAUUUUGGGGUGUCAGCUUGUAUGUUUGACAAUGGUGAUAGGCAAAGGUCUAGAAAUACCUUUGUUGGCACUCCAUGCUGGAUGGCCCCUGAAGUUAUGCAACAGCUGCAUGGAUAUGAUUUUAAAGCUGAUAUAUGGUCUUUUGGGAUAACAGCUCUUGAACUUGCUCAUGGUCAUGCUCCUUUUUCUAAGUACCCUCCAAUGAAGGUUCUGUUGAUGACUUUGCAAAAUGCACCACCAGGUCUUGAUUAUGAAAGAGAUAAGCGAUUCUCAAAGUCUUUUAAAGAGAUGGUGGCUGCAUGCUUGGUGAAGGAUCCAAAGAAACGUCCCACUUCCGAGAAACUUUUUAAGCAUCCCUUUUUCAAACAUGCAAAAUCAUAUGAGUUUUUAGCUCGUACUAUACUUGAUGGCCUGCCUCCACUUGGUGAACGCUUUAGGAUGCUCAAGGCAAAAGAAGCAGAUCUUCUUGUCCAGAAUAAAGCAUUGUAUGGGGACAAGGAGCAGUUGUCCCAGCAAGAAUACAUUCGAGGCAUCAGUGCCUGGAACUUUAACUUGGAAGAUUUGAAGAGUCAGGCAGCCCUUAUUCAAGAUGACGAUAAUAGUACAAUUGCUGAAAACCCUGAUUUGGGGCUGAAACGAAAGGACAAAAUCGAUGAUCAUUCUUUUCCUACAGAUAAACCAUCUUCUGAAGGGACGAAUCUUUCCAACACUUCAGAUAGUCAUGACGAUGGGUUUGAUGAUCUUGAAAGCUUGGAGGGUUCACUGGCCUCAUUUCCUAUUCAACCUCUGCAGGCACUCAAAGGCUAUUUUGAUAUUGGUGAAGAUGACAUGAAGACUAAUGGUUCUAAAAAUGAGUCUCUGACAUGUGCUGAAAUACAAUUGCACAAAAGUGAAAAUGAGCAAUCAGGAAGAACUGAUGGUGACAACUUGAUGCGGAGUAGCUCUUUGCCACAAUUUGUUAUUACUGGGCAGAAAAAGGUUCUUAGUGGUCCUCUCCUAUAUGAUAAUGUGAGCUCGUCAAGGAAGCAAAUUGGUGACGGGGACAGAGACAGCUUUCAUCCAAGGCAUCCUGCUGAUAGAAAUUACAGCGGUCCGAUUUCAUAUCGUCAAAGGAGAGAUACAAUUAACAAUACGUCAGUGGAGGAUUCUUCUGAAGGGUCUCUUUUUCAGCGGAAAGGUCGUUUUCAAGUUACAUCAGCUGAUGUCAGUACAAAGGACUCAACUUGCCUAAGUUCUGUUCUUGGAUGCACAGCUGGGCUCAUGCCAUCGCACCUUUCUGCAAGUGCAGUCCUUCCAGCCUUGCAGUACAUUUUGCAGCAAAACAAUCUGCAAAAGGAUGAAAUUAUUAAAUUGAUAAAGCAUUUGGAGCUAGGCAAUCUCUGUGAGUCAGCUGAUGCAACUAGUAAUGGCAUUUCGCAGACUUUGCCGGUAUCUGCUAGGGAGGGCGAACUUUUGGCUCAGGUUGUGCAAUUGCAACAGAGAAUUGGGAGCUUGGUAGACGAGUUGCAAAGACAAAAGCUAAAAAAUGCUCAGGUGAGUGGGAUUCUUGAUAAUCAUAUUCAAGCAGCUGGAAAGGCAAUUGAAUGCUUUUGCCGAGGGAGCUGAAAAGGCAAAAGAUUGAUCAUCAACAGUCUUAAGGGCCCUUGUGAGAAUGGUGGUGGCGUGGAUGAAUAUAAUUCUCUGUUAUCGAGUGCCCUUAUGAAGAUGGUCGUGGUGUGGAUGAAUGUAUUGCCUGUUAUCAGCUCUACCAAUGACCCUAUGACGGGGAUGGUGGCAGCAGGGACAAUGCAUUAGAUGACGAGUUUCUCUAUAUUGGGGAAAGACCUUUAUAGCUUCCACGGUGUACGCUGCAAUUUUAGUUGCAUCGUAAUUUUGUUGUAUUAUAUGUGGGAAACAUAGAAAUUUUUGCGAUUUAAUUAUUUUUUCUUAUAAUAUAAGUCUUCUGUCU